AUGCAGCAUCACACUACCAUCUCAGCUGGUGCGCGGUGGGCUGCCGCACGUGACGGCCCGAUGACGCUGCUAGGGCGGCCCGAGCUUCACUACACCGAAAAGCUCUCAGCAGUAGUAUCAGAGCCUCACCAACAUGAAUCGCCUGUUCGGAGCGAAGAGCACGGCUCCCAAGCCGACGCUCAACCAGGCCAUAUCCACGGCAAGCACCUUGCUCCUCCUCCUCCUGUAGCACUAUUUAACAGUCUCCAGGUCGACACACGCCUAGAAUCCAUCGACGUCAAGCUCGCCAAACUCAACGCCGAACUCACCGCCUACCAGCAGAAAAUCGCGAAAAUGCGCGACGGCCCCGGCAAGACGGCCCUCAAGCAGAAAGCCCUCAAAGUCCUUCAGCAGCGCAAAAUGUACGACGCCCAGCGCGAUCAGCUGCAGCAGCAGUCCUGGAACAUGGAGCAGGCAGGCAUGAUGCAGGACAACCUCAAGAACACCAUGACGACCGUUGACGCCAUGAAGACCACCACCAAGGAGCUCAAGAAGCAGUAUGGCAAGAUCAACAUCGAUAAGAUUGAAAAACUGCAGGAUGAAAUGGCGGACUUGAUGGAUAUGGGGAAUGAUAUACAAGAGAGCAUAAGUAGGAGCUAUGAUGUUCCUGAAGAUGUGGAUGAGGCCGAGCUGGACGCUGAGUUGGAGGCGUUGGGUGAGGAGGUGGAGAUGGAGGGCAUCGGCGAGUCGAGUGGCAUGCCUGCCUUCAUGAUGGACGACGCUGCGCCGCCGCAGUUCAUCGACGAGCCACCCGAGCACGGCAAGGUCAAGGAGGCUGCCGGUUGA